GGCAUUUACCAUACCAACUUGCGAAGAGAAUUGUCAAUUAGAAGAGCUGUCUUAUAUGAUCUGGUCGAGCUUUGAGGAUGAAUUUAACCCCACGGAAGCAGGUGACACGGCUGUUAGAACAAGGGUACUAUAGUCAAUUCACUUUGUGAACGUGUAUCUGACAAAAAUAAAAAAAAAUGCUAAAACUCGAAAAGCACGGUCAGAGGCAAAUGCAAAGAUAUAAAUAGGGUGUUUAUUUGGUCGUCUUCUCCCUCCACACAACGCUCCAGGAAUUAAGGCAUUCCUGUUUACCAAGUUUUGCACAACUUCAUGUAAGACUCUCUCUCUCUCUCUCUCAAUUUCUCUCUCUCACACACAAACACACACAGAUAGGCAACAAUCAUAUCUGUAAAACGUCAGUGAAUGCCUAUUGUUCAAUAUUCUUCGAAUUUGCAUUGAUGCACAUAAGAGGCAAUAGCACAUUGUACAAACCAUAUACAAAAUUCUCAAAAUCUAGCCUUUUUGGCUCCAUUUGGCAUCUGGGUAUCUCUCAAAUCUGUGGGAAAAUCAGCAAAAACCGGUGACCAAUGGAUUUAUUUUAUCAACUUAGGUAUUGGGUUUUCGUUUCUUGUUUGAUUCUGCAAUUCGUUGAUGGGUUUUAUCUUCCUGGUAGUUUCCCACACACAUACAAUGUAGGUGAUCAUUUAUCUGUGAAAGUGAAUUCAUUGACAUCAACUGAUACAGAACUCCCCUUUUGGUAUUAUAGUUUGCCCUUUUGUAAACCCUCAGAGGGUGUCAAGGACAGCGCUGAGAACCUCGGCGAGCUCCUUGUGGGAGACCGAAUUGAGAACUCCCCGUAUCGAUUUAAGAUGUAUACGAAUGAGAGCGAGAUUUUUGUGUGUAAAACAAACAAUUUAUCACCAGAUGAAUUCAAAAUUUUGAAAGAAAGGAUUGAUGAAAUGUAUCAGGUUAAUUUGAAUCUAGACAAUCUUCCAGCUAUUCGAUAUGUGAAGAAAGAUGGUUUCUUUCUCCGUUGGACCGGUUAUCCUGUAGGGACUAAGGUUCAAGAUGUUUACUAUAUAUUUAACCAUUUGAAGUUUAUAGUUUUGGUUCAUAAGUCUGAGGAGAAUGAUAUGGCUGGUGUUAUUGGGGCCGGAGAUGGGGCGGAAUUGAUUGCAAUGGGCAAUCAUCAUAAUAAAUCCAACAACAGUGUGCCAAGUUACAUGGUUGUGGGGUUUGAAGUUAUUCCAUGUAGCUUUCAGCAUGAUAAAAAAUCAUUGAAGAAUCUUAAUAUGUAUGAUAAGUACCCUUUGUCGAUCAAAUGUGACCCGGUUACGGUGGCAAUGGCCAUAAAGGCAGGCCAACCAUUGACAUUUAGUUAUGAGGUCUCUUUUGUGGAAAGUGAUAUUAAGUGGCUCUCAAGAUGGGAUGCAUAUUUGAAGAUGGAAGGUUCAAAAGUUCAUUGGUUUUCAAUUCUUAAUUCUCUGAUGGUGGUUACUUUUCUUGCUGGGAUAGUUCUUGUGAUAUUCUUGAGGACAAUUAGGCGAGACUUGGCUCGUUAUGAAGAGAGUGACAAGGAGGCUCAGGCUCAGAUGAAUGACGAAUUAUCUGGGUGGAAACUUGUUGCUGGAGAUGUUUUUCGAGCUCCAAACAAUCCGAUACUCCUAUGCAUACUGGUUGCAGAUGGGCUUCGGAUUCUAGGAAUGGCAGUCGAGACAAUCUUCUUUGCUGCUCUUGGUUUCAUGUCCCCUGCUUCUCGUGGAGCCCUUGUUACCGGCAUGCUUUUCUUCUACAUCUUCUUCGGAGUUUUGGCUGGUUAUUUCGCCGUUUGGCUCCUAAGGACAAUUAAUUGUGGUGAGACUCAAGGAUGGUUUUCUGUGUCGUGGCGGGUUGCCUUUUUCUGUCCCGGGAUAGCUUUUCUUAUACUAACCACCCUGAAUUUUCUCUUGUGGGGAAGUGACAGCACAGGAGCUAUUCCAUUUUCAACAUUUUUAGUUUUGCUAGCACUUUGGUUUGGCAUUUCUGUGCCCCUCACCCUUGUGGGUGGAUAUGUUGGCUCUAGGGCUUCUUACCUUCAGUACCCAAUACGAAUCAAUCAAAUUCCUCGCGAAAUACCGGAGCAUAGAUUCCCUUCUUGGUUGUUGGUCCUAGGAGCUGGGACUCUCCCAUUUGGAACCCUCUUCAUUGAGCUAUUCUACAUCAUGUCUAGCAUUUGGCUAGGCCGUGUUUACUAUGUUUUCGGGUUUCUCUUCAUUGUUUUCAGCCUUUUGGUGGUGGUUUGUGUUGAAGUGUCUCUAGUCCUUACCUACAUGCACCUUUGUGUGGAAGAUUGGAGAUGGUGGUGGAAAUCAUUCUUUGCAUCUGGUUCGGUUGCUUUUUACAUCUUCUUGUACUCCAUUAAUUAUCUCAUUUUUGAUCUCAAAAGCCUGAGUGGACCGGUGUCUGCAAUUCUAUACUUGGGGUACUCUCUCUUCAUGGUUCUGGCAAUUAUGCUUGCAACUGGUGCUAUUGGGUUCCUAUCUUCUUUCUUGUUUGUUCAUCAACUUUUCUCCUCGGUAAAGAUAGACUGAAAGCCAUUUCAUCAAGGAGUUCUCUCUCUAAAUCGGUGGUGGAUAUCUGUAGAGAAAUGAACAGAAUGAUAGUGCCAGUGAUUUUCGCUCUUUUGCUGAUUAAUCUUCAAUUAGUUGAGGUAUUGGGCGUCUCUAAGGUAAUAAUAUAAUCAUUACCAAAUUUUCUUAGAAAGUUGUAGAUGAAGAUUGCUGCAUGUUAUUGACAGUGUAUUAUUCCAAGAAGAAGUAGAAUAAGGUGAUUUCUAUCUUUUGAUGCAGAUAUUCUUGGUUAUAUUCCCUUGUGAGUUGGAAUUUGUUAAAUGUUUUGACUUGGUUAUCUAAUUUGUGCCAUUAUGUUGUAUCUAAUUGAAUAUUCCUGAUCAAUGAAGAUGAACAUCUAUUUAAUCUCAAACAUUCUGCCAAAUCAACUGGGGUUAAGAUGCAAAUAGAAUCAGCUUU